AUGCAUCAUCUACUUGCCCUUCUUGGGCUUGGACUGGCAGUCCGGGCUCAAACAUGCUGGGAAAACUUGACCUGCACCGGUCCUCUCGAAAGUGCUUUCCCAGGUGAUUGGGAAGCCAACAUCUUUGCACCUGCUUCUCGUACCGUCUCUCCAACUUGGAUCCUGUCCCUCACGAAUGCUUCGAUUAUCUCGAGGUGGCCUGGUCCCGCCCACAUCUCUGGUAACGGGUCAGCGCUCGUCUUCGACUUUGGUAAAGAGGUGGGAGGCUUGGCCACGAUAUCUUACACAGCACAAGGCACUGGUGCCCUGGGUCUAGCCUUCAGCGAAGCAAAGAACUGGAUCGGCUUAUGGUCCGACUCAUCCAAUGGAAGAUUCCAGGCAGGCGAUGGAGCCAUCUACUCGAACUUCAGUACCUCUGGCAAAUACAGCUAUACUAUGGACAAAGUUCAUCUACGUGGUGGCUUUCGUUAUCUUACUCUAUUCUUGAUCACCAACGAAACCACUUCCUCUAUCGACAUCAACGACAUAACACUCGAGAUUGGCUUCCAACCUACUUGGAGCAAUCUACGUGCUUACUCUGGCUAUUUCGACUGCAGCGAUGAUGACUUGAACAAGAUCUGGUAUAGCGGCGCAUACACCUUGCAGACCAAUUCUGUGCCUGUCGACACUGGCCGUAAUUUUGUCGCGAGUGGCUGGAACAAUAGUGGUGCUCUCGCAAAUGGCUCCACGGUAAUCGUGGACGGAGCCAAGAGGGACAGAGCGGUAUGGCCUGGAGACAUGGGCAUCGCGGUACCAGCUACUUUCGUCAGUAUCGGAGACCUGGAAAGUGUUGCGAAUGCCUUGCAGACCAUGUAUGAUCACCAAAAUGAAGACGGAUCUUUCCCGGAAGCUGGACCCCCAUUAUUGCAGCAGGGCUCUGAUACCUACCAUAUGUGGAGUAUGAUAGGGACCUACAAUUACUUGUUGUACACCAACGAUACUGCAUUCCUGAACAAGAACUGGGAUCGGUAUCUACAUGCCAUGCAGUACAUCUACGCCAAGGUUCACCAGCCAUCUGGACUGCUCAACGUAACGGGUACGCGUGAUUGGGCUCGAUGGCAGCAAGGCUUCAACAACAGCGAAGCCAAUAUGAUUUUGUAUCAUACACUUGUGACAGGAGCUGAGCUUGCGACUUGGCAGGGAGACACGACUGGUCUUGCUCAGAUUUACACAUCUCGUGCUGCUAACCUCAGCACUGCGAUCAAUAAGUAUUGCUGGGACACUCCAUUUGGAGCUUUCAAAGACAAUGCUACAGACACACAGCUACACCCCCAAGAUGCCAAUAGCAUGGCCGUCUACUUUGGCGUCGUCCCUCCUUCAUCCUCGUCUGCUCAGAGCAUCUCGUCCAGACUCACAGACAACUGGACUCCCAUCGGUGCAGAAGCUCCCGAACUGCCAAACAACAUUUCACCAUUUAUCUCUUCUUUCGAGAUCCAGGCACACCUUGUCGCUGGCCAGAGUAAGCGGGCACUAGAUCUGAUACGCCGCAGCUGGGGUUGGUAUCUCCAUCACCCCAAUGGUACAGGCAGUACUGUCAUUGAAGGCUAUCUCAAGAAUGGAAGCUUCGCCUACCGCAAUUCACGAGGCUAUAGCUACGAUGAAAGCUAUGUCUCACACAGUCACGGCUGGUCAGCAGGGCCCACUUCUGCCUUGACCAAUUACAUCGUCGGUCUUUCCGUUACCGGCCGUGUAGGGUCGACAUGGACACUCAACCCGCAAUUCGCUGAUCUGAAGUAUGCUCAGGCAGGAUUCAUGACUUCUUUGGGCAAGUUCAGCGCAGGCUGGAAUGUCACGGAUGGUGGUAGAGCGUACUCUUUGUGGUGGAAGGUGNCUCAGGGAACUUCCGGCAAUGUCACACUGCCUCCCCUGCCAUCCGGUAAGACAGGCAAAGUGACAAUAGACGGAAGGAGCUUCAAGAACAAAAGUGUCAACAAGAAAGAUGGCUUGGUAUUUGAGAUUGGUGGAGGUAAUCAUUCUAUAGUUGUUAUUAGCAAGUGA